UUGCGGCAGGUGACGUAACAGGGAAAACGAAAUCCGCUGCUGUUAGCACUGAAUUGAAGUGCUGAAGUUUUUCGACUUUCCCAUUUUCUCGGUCUUCCUUCAACAUCGGAGCGGGGACACGGACGAUGGACAAUAGCGGGAAAGAGAAGGAAGCUAUGGCGUUAGUGGCCGAGGCUGAAAAGAAAAUGAAAUCGUCGCAGUCGUUUUUCGGGGCGAUGUUUGGGGGUUCCUCCAAGACUGAAGAGGCCUGUGACAUGUAUGUGAGGGCGGCCAACAUGUACAAAAUGGCCAAAAAUUGGUGUGCCGCAGGAAACGCAUUCUCCCAAGCAGCUCACCUGCACCUACAGAUGCAGAGCAAGCACGACGCGGCGACUAACUUCAUAGAUGCAGGGAAUGCCUUCAAAAAAGCGGAUCCACAAGAGGCCAUAAACUGCCUAAAUCGAGCCAUUGAGAUUUACACUGACAUGGGGCGCUUCACUAUUGCAGCGAAACAUCACAUCACUAUUGCAGAAAUAUAUGAGACUGAGAUGGUGGACAUCGAAAAGGCCAUUGCUCAUUAUGAACAAGCUGCAGAUUAUUACAAAGGGGAAGAAUCUACCAGUUCAGCAAACAAGUGCCUUCUGAAAGUAGCGACCUACGCAGCUCAGCUGGAGCAGUACCCGAAAGCCAUCGAGAUCUAUGAACAGGUUGGAACCUACGCGAUGGACAGUACACUCCUGAAAUACAGUGCCAAGGAUCACUUCUUCAAGGCGGCGCUCUGUCACUUCUCUGUAGACAUGCUGAAUGCAAAACUUGCUGUGCAGAAGUAUGAAGAGAUGUUUCCAGCCUUUUCAGACUCGCGGGAAUGCAAGCUGUUGAAGAAACUUCUCGAUGCCUAUGAAGAGCAGAACGUGGAGGCCUACACCGACUCGGUGAAGGAAUUCGACACUAUUUCCCGGCUGGACCAGUGGCUCACUACCAUGCUUCUCCGUAUCAAGAAAACCAUACAGGAAGAUGAGAGCGACCUUCGCUGACCCCCCAACCCGCUCGUGACCUCAAGCCCUCUGCAACCGAUUUUCUGUUUCGCCUGGAGCCUCUCACUUCUCUUCUAGCAGCAAUCUCAAUUGUUGAACCCUUAACCCCUUAUAUUCCCUCUCAGAUGCUGUUUCUUUCCCACCAUCUGCAGAAUUUGUUCUUUCCUCUUUUAAUCCGCUCAGCUCUAAAAAUGAUUCUCCUCUAGGAAUGAAUACUAUGUUAUUUGCUUAUUGUUAUGAUCCAGGUAUUGGCCCAAUACAAAAUAAUAACACCAGCACGGUUAUGAAAUAAAGGGUUUCUUUCAUUUUUCUUGUCAAAAAACGUUUGAGGAUGCCAAUUCAAUAACACAGAUCGAAUGUUUUCCGGAACGCGUUGGAGAAUUAUUCUAAUUUACCAAAUUCCAAAAAGCACAAACAUUGGUCUUUGGUACUUUUGCGUGCUCGAAGCAUACAGAUCAUAUCAGGACACCUCUAAUCUAACAGCACUGCAUAGCAGCAGCAGAGCUCCACUUCCAGCCUGGAGGACAAGAGCUUCUGAGGUGAUUCCACAGAAAAUGCCCACUUUGCCUUAUUCUGCCUAGUUCUCAGGAUGUGAGGAUUAACUAACAAAAUUAUGCUUUUUAGAAGCAUUAUCCAUUCCUUUGCUGAGAACCUUUUGGCAGGUUUGGGGAAGAUGAACACAGGAACAGGCUUUUCCCACAGCAUAGGAGUCUGUGCGCUUUCAUGUUGUAUUGUGUGAUUGUAUCAUAUCUGCUUUUGUCCUGUCAUAAGUCAACAGGCUGGGAAAAGGUCUGCACGAGAAGCAAUACGUCAGCUUUUUUGAUCCAAACACUGUGCUCAUUUACCCUCCUGGUGAUUUUGCCAAGAGACAAUUGGUCUUAAAUAAUUUGUACGUCUUUCAUGUUUUCUGUCAUGCGUCUGAAUAAACCUGUCUCUGAUGUAACCCAUUCUGA